UAUGCCCAAGAAAGUAACCCUCAUGAUUCGGUGCCUUGGUGGAAAAAUCAAGUGGUGUACCAAAUUUACCCUCGCUCCUAUCAAGACAGCAAUGGUGAUGGUGUGGGAGAUCUCAAAGGCAUUAUUUCACGUUUGGAUCACAUUAAAAGCUUAGGUGUUGAUGUGAUUUGGAUUGCGCCAUUUUUUAAGACGCCCAGUUUUGAUACGGGAUAUGACAUUACAGAUUAUCAAUCGGUCGAUCCGUUAUUUGGCACGAUGGCAGAUUUUGAGCAGUUGGUUCAAGAAAUCCACAAGCGAGAUAUGAAAAUCAUGCUCGAUAUGGUUUUUUCUUAUACCUCUCCUCAGCACCCUUGGUUUCUAGAGUCUCAAAAAUCAACGACCAACCCUAAGGCCAAUUGGUAUUUAUGGCGUGAUGGUCGUGGUAAGGCAGCACCCAAUAACUGGAUUAAUGCUUCUACAUUUGAACUGGCAUGGAAAUACUUUCCAGAAAGACAACAAUGGGCAUAUGGAGGCUUCACUAAGGAGAUGCCUCAUUUGAACUUGAGAAAUCCAAGUGUUAUCGAUGAGCACCACAAAACUUUAAAAUUUUGGCUUGACAAAAAAGUCGAUGCAUUUCGUUUUGAUUUAGCCUUUCAAACGGAUUGGAAAGCUAGCGAUUUUAUUGAAACUAUUCAAGAAAACGAGCGCUUAUAUCCCUAUCCCAAAUAUCAACCAACUUAUUUAGCAAGUAAUCACGAUUAUGUUCGUUCGGGAACUCGAUUAAAGGGACGAAUGGAUAGAGCCAAGGUUUUAGCUUUAUUGCAAGGCACACUUCGAGGAACACCGAUGAUUUACCAAGGUGAAGAGAUAGGCAUGGUCAACGGUACCAUCCCAGAUUAUGAAGCUUUUGAUUUUAUUCCUUAUACGCUGACCUCGGUUUUAACAAAACUUGCGGCACUCGUUAAUCUCGAUCUCCCUUUUGCAGCCAACCGUGAUAAUGUCCGCACGCCCAUGCAGUGGAGUGGUGCUCAGCAUGCUGGCUUUUCGUCUACCCUCAAAAAAACCUGGGUAAAAAUUAACGCUGAUUAUGCUCAGGUUAAUGUUGAAAAAGAACUGCAAGAGCCUGAUUCGGUCUUGACAACAUAUCAAAAAAUCUUCGCACUACGCAAGGCAUCAAAGCCUUUGCAGUUUGGCUCAAUCACACUUUUAAAGCAAAUGCCCCAAAAUGUGGUGGGGUUUGAGCGUCAAUGGAACCUAGAAAAGGCGGUGGUCUUGGUCAAUAUGGGCGACUCAGCCACUCGUGUUUCGGUGACGCCAUACACGACCCAACAAGUUAAGCUUGGUUUAAAUCAAGCCCAGCUUGUCAAUGGUGUAGCUGAGCUACCCCCACAAGGCGCUUUAGUGUUGGGGCAA